AUGAAGACUAAAGUCUUGGAGACAGCAAUUGAAGAAGUCUUUUCCCAUUGUUUGUCUCUUUGGCACGUACCAGAUAGGAUAUGUGAAAAUCUCUCUUUUGUGAUCAAACAGCACAACAACUUCUUACCAAAAUUUAGCAAGUAUGAUGAGCAAGCCAUUGUGGAUUUUGAAUCAUUGCACAGACAGCCAGCACUUAAAUCUCCAUCACCUUGGGAAAAACAAAUGUCAACAAUUUAUGCACAUGCAAUAUUUAAGAAAUUUCAAGUUGAUGCUUUGGGUGUUGGUGGCUGUCAAUCUAGGAUAGCGGCUGGAGAUGAAAUUGUUGCAAAAGGUGGACCAAAGAUGCCAAAUCAAGGAAUCAAAGUAUUAUUAUCUGAAGAGGAUAACAAUGUUGUUUUUUUGGCACUUGUUGAUGCCUUGAGGGACUGUAUAGUCCUGAAAAUCAGUCUCUUGCAAGGACUGGUAAAGUUGAAGAUUCCUAGUGAUGAUGCAGAGGCUCAACUCUUGAAUGCAGAAAAAAUAACUGCUAAGAAAAUUACUGAAAAUUCAAAUCCUGAUGAAAAUAUUUGGUGGGGUUCUGCAGAGCAUGAAUCUAAAUCUGGGUCAGAGCUUGAUUCAGCGACUAAAUUUCUUCCAAGAAGAAUGUCAUCAUUGGGAUUGGAUGUCACCGGAAAGAAACGAGUCGAACCAUUAUUACCAGGCCUAGACAAGUUUAGUUAUGCAUGUGAAAAAAUGUAUCUUCGUUUUGAGCUAGGAAAUAAAACUAAAAACAGUGACUGGUUGCUUUGA